AUGACAGAAAAUGUAAGCUCAAGGAUGGACACCCCAACCAACAUUUCCUUGGUGGGCCCAGGGGACCCCAUAUCUCAGUCUCUGGAGUACAAGACUGUGGCAGUGUUCCUGGUUCUGCUGGUCUGUGGACUUGGCAUUGUGGGUAAUAUCAUGGUGGUUCUGGUGGUCCUCACCACGCGACACAUGCGUACGCCCACCAACUGCUACCUGGUCAGCCUGGCCAUAGCAGACCUGACCGUGCUGGUGGCCGCUGGUCUGCCUAAUGUGUCAGACAGCCUGAUGGGCACCUGGGUGUUUGGGCAUGCUGGCUGCCUUGGUAUCACCUACCUUCAGUAUCUUGGCAUCAAUGUGUCCUCCUGCUCCAUUACAGCCUUCACUGUGGAGAGGUACAUUGCUAUCUGCCACCCAAUGAGGGCCCAGACAGUGUGUACGUUGUCCCGGGCCAAGCGGAUCAUAGCAGGGGUGUGGGUGUUCACCUGUGUCUACUGCAUGCUGUGGUUCUUCCUGGUGGACAUCCAGGUAAUGAAGGACAGCACCAUCCAGUGUGGCUACAAGGUGUCCCGUGACCUCUACCUCCCCAUUUACCUCAUUGACUUUGCCAUCUUCUACGUGAUCCCUCUGCUCCUGGCCAUAGUCCUGUACGGCCUCAUUGCCCGCGUCCUGUACCUCAACCAACUCCCCAACCGGCACGACGCGGGUACAGUCUCUGCUGGCGCCACCACGCUCCGCAGGAGCUGCAAGGAACCAGCAGACGAAGGAAAAGGGGGUCGUCAGGGCCGCCCGAAGAGUGUGCUCUUCUCCAGGAAACAGGUCACCAAGAUGCUGUCAGUGGUGGUGAUCCUGUUCGCCUUACUGUGGAUGCCCUAUCGGACCUUGGUCCUUAUUAACUCCUUCGUUGACACACCUUACCUGGACGCCUGGUUUGUACUGUUCUGUCGGAUUUGUAUGUAUGCCAACAGUGCCAUCAACCCUGUAGUGUACAACCUGAUGUCUCAGAAGUUCCGUUCAGCAUUCCGCGGGCUCUCCCAGUGCCAGAGGCUGGAGGCCCACUGUACACUCUCCAUGAACCAGACCGGCUACAGCAUGGCCAGGGACCCACGCACCUCCCAACAGACUAGCAACGAGACCAAACAGGGGGCAAGGAGAGUGACCUGCACUGACACAGUGACAGAGUGGCAGAGCAAAGACACCUCAGCCCAAGAGAGGAAGGAUCUGCAUCACCUGAAGGAAGAGAGGAAAGACACAAGCUUUGGUGAGAUCAACUCCACACCUGGGCAAUCUGAGACCAACUCCACACCUGGGCAAUCUGAGACCAACUCCACACCUGGGCAAUCUGAGACCAACUCCACAUCUGGGCAAACUGAGAUCAAAGCCACACCUGGGCAACCUGAGAUGAGUGAGGCAGGAAUUAAUCACACAGUGCUGUAG